AUGAGUGAUUACCUAAACAAGAGGGGUAAAGAGCUAGUUGCUCUCGCAUUGACGGACUCCAAUUCACAACAAAAACUAGAUAACCAGAACUACCGCAGUGUACUGGAAGCGCAGCGUGACUUAUUUGAAAGUAAUACCGAGCAUGUCCAAUUGGAUGAUCAAAGAGAUGCUGAAGGCGAUAUUCUUAAUAAAUCAAGAUCAUCGGAAUGUACUAAAGAGUCUUUGGCAUCAUCUUCUAUAAAAAAUAGAAAUAAAGAUGAAGAUGGAAAUACAAUAUCAUGA